AUACAAUGAGUGAUUUAUCGUAGAGAAUGGCAUGCGCUGAAAGUGUCUUCUGUCUGUCGUAUGUAAUUGAUUAUUUAGUCACGAGCCUGUCUUUAAUUUUUGUGAUAACGAUACGAGUUUGAUUAAAACGAGGACUAUGUCGAACGACGUUGAGGAGAGGGUUGUCGACGAGGUGGAAGCAUUGAAGGCUAUUCUAAUGGACGAGUUAAUAGUGCGAACUAAUGAAAGUGGUUACCCAGUGGCCGUGGAGACAGUUGUGUUCCCUUCUACUGCAGAUGAUGCAUUACAGCAGUAUGUCUGCCUCACAUUGGUGGUUGAGUUGCCUUCUGGCUAUCCAGAUGUGGCACCAGUUGUUUCACUGCGUAAUCCUCGUGGGCUGGAUGAUUCAGUGCUUGGCAGGAUAGACAGAGAAGCAAAAGAAAAGUGUGAAAGUUAUCGUGGGCAGGCUGUCAUCUACGAGCUUAUUGAGCUAGUUAAGGAGCACUUGACAUCCAGUAACCUGCCAUCUUGUCAGUGUGCAAUCUGUCUGUAUGGAUUUCGAGAAGGUGACCAUUUUACCAAGACACAAUGCUAUCACUACUUCCAUUCACACUGUCUUGCUUGUCAUGUAACGAGCAGUGAAAAGAGUUACCAAGAAGAGCUAGACAAAUUACCAGCUUGGCAGCGCAGCCAACACACACUGUCUCCUUGCCAGGUGCUGUGUCCUGUGUGCCGUGAGCCAAUACAGUGUGAUAUGAAUUUAUUAUCAAGUGCAGCUCCUCCCCUUGAAGUAGAGAAUGCUCGACAGUUUGAAUUAAGUGAUGAACUUCGUAGUCUGCAAAGGCAAAUGGCAGCCCUGUUCAGCCACCAGAAGCGUCGAGGUGGUAUCAUUGACCCUGAAGCAGAGGACUCAAAGUUACUCUUAGUGACAGAUACUACAGAGCAAGAAGGGGAUGAUGAGCCCCCAGGGCCUAGUCUGUUGCUACCACCUCAACAAGCUUUUCAUCAUAAUAGUAUGACUGUAAGUAUGGGGAGUUCAGUACCCAAUAGAGGAGACUGGAGAAGAGGAGGGCGUGGAGGCUUCAGGGGUAGAGGCAGCAGUAGCAGCCAUCGCAACAGGCACGGACGAAGGCACCAUCAGGCUGCUGUGACAUUCAGAUGACGACGGCUCCAAUUAAGACUUGUGUCAAGCCACUGCAGCCGUGUUGCUGUCGUGAAGAAAAGACAACCAGGGGCAGGAACCCUGUAGUUGGGCUUGGAGUGGAAUGAGUUACAGGCCAAACUGUUCACUGAAACUUCAUUGUAUUAAGUUAGUGACAUUACAGCUUAUGGUCUGUUGAGGUUAUUGCUCUGAUGUUGAGCCUGUGUCAUCAGUCACACCACAGAACUGAAGUGUGUAUACUGGUUGGCUGAGAGGCUCACUCAGAGUGAUGACCAAGUAAUUCUUCAAAUCAGUACUUGUGCUUAGAUGUGAAUUGUUUUACCCAUUCUUGUUAAUUCUAAUGUGAUGAUAUGAAGUAAUACUCAGCACACAUUCAUGGAUUAUAAUGUAAUAUUUAUUGUGCUAUUAAAAUAUUGGGUAAAUUUACACACA